UAACUAUAAGAAGAAAGAAGAAAUCAAGUUCAAAUGAAAUUUGUGUGAUUUAAGUGCAAGUUCUGUGUUGUAAAUUAGGAUACCCACCAAUAAAAGUGUAACAAUGAGUAUAAUUUUGUUACUUCUCAUAAUUGUCUUAAUGAUGAUUAAGACAAACAAAUUGGUAUGUGGUGUGUUCUCAUAUAAAACAGCCUCCAUAGCAGUGCUGAGUUGUCCUGUGCUGAGUUUCAUUCAAUCCUUCAUUUCAAAAUACAUCGAAGCUGAGAACUCUUUUGAGUUUCAAACGGCUGACUUUAUAGGCUUCUUUUUUGUAUGUAUUGGCAUCAGCGGACUGAUUGGCAUUGAAAAGGAAAAGCCAUCUCUUAUGAAGCCGUUCUUAUUGACAAUGUGGGUAUUAAUUGCUACUGCGUUCACUGUGGCCAUUAUGUGCAUCAUAGAUCAUUUUGACUUCAAGAAAGGUGAAUUCAGCCCUAGCGACAGCAAAAAAUUCCAGUAUGCUUUAAUUAUUGGACUCACGACACUUUACGGUGGACAAAUACUCUUAACUCAUUACGUGAACCUGCUUGGUGAAGAUCAGCCAUUCAAAUCGACAAAAGCAUCCGAAUCAAAGCCACCGUCUAAAGCACUAAUAAAUAAUGUUUGAGAAAAAAAAUCAGCGUCAAACAUUUGGAUUUUUAAGCUUCAAAUUAAGUAACUCUGCUAAAGUUGGUUAUUAUUUUCAAUGUACAUAUAUAUGAUUAUCGAAAAAUAAUGAUGAAAAUUGAUCAAUUAUUCAAUUAAGUAGGUGUCUGAAGUAAUGUACAUUUAUUAUGGCUUAAUUUUAAGUUUUGAAUCUUUUUUAAUCGAUAAAUUUCCUCAGCUUUGAAAUUUUCGAGACAUUUGGUGAAUAAUUUUAACACCUCGUAACCCAUAAAAAAUCAUUAUUUUAUUUUUAUCAGUUUUUUUCAUUUUUUGAAAAUUUUGAUGUUUUUGAGUUACCUACGAUGUAUUGGGUAGACUUAGAGUAUAAAGUAUAAUUAUCGAUAUGCAGUGUGACACAAAAGUUAGUGCCGGUGGCUUUUAUUUCUAAGGGGAAAGAGCUAGAAAGAUGAAUGAAGCGGCGUUGAGUAGGGAAAAAUAAGGGCUUUCAAAAGCGACCUUGAAAAUUUCCGGUCCAUGCACAGGGUGUCCACAAAUUGAAAACCCGGUUUGGUCAAAAAAUUCAAACUGGUUUUUAUUGGCGCAAUGUAUUCUACACACGAGGGCGACAAUAACGUGACAUGAAUUUUUUGAAACCGGUCCAUCAAUUCGCAACUAGUAUACAAAAAAUACCCAAAAAUUGUAGAUAGAGAAAAAAGCUUGAAACAAAAGUUGUAGAGCAAGAAAAAUUACACAAUUCUGUCUAAUCACAUUUUGAAACCGGUUCAUUGGUUCGCAUUUAGCAACCAGUUUUUGACAAUCGCCUAAAAGUUGAAGAUAGAGAAAGAAGCUUGAAACAAAAGUUGUAGAGCUUGAAAAAUGGAACCAUUUUCACUGAUUGGAUUUUGAAACCAGUUCUUUAAUUUGCAACCAGUUAUCAAAAAUUACCUAAAAAUUCAAGAUCGAGAAAAAAAUCUUGAAACAAAAGUUGUGGGGCUUGAAAAAUUACACAAUUAUUCUGUUUAAUCACGUUUUGAAACCGGUUCAUUAAUUUGCAUUUAGCAGCCAGUUUUUGAAAAUCACCUAAAAGUUGAAGAUAGAGAAAAAAGCUUGAAACAAAUGUUAUAGAACGUGAAAAUUGAAUCAGUUUUGCUGAUCGGAUUUUAAAAAUGGCUAAUCAACUUGCAACCAGGUAACUUUUGAUGGCUUACUGCAAUUUAAUGAACUGGUUUCAAAAUCCAAUCAGCAAAAAUGGUUCCAUUUUCAAUUUUGCACGCUCUACAACUUUUGUCACAAUCUUUUUUCUCUAUCUUCAACUUUUGGGCGAUUUCCAAAAACUAGUUGCUAAAUGUGAACCACUGAACCGGUUUCAAAAUGUGAUUAGACAAAAUUGUGUACCUAAUUUUUCACGCUCUACAACUUUUGUUUCAAGCCUUCUCCUCUAAUUUAAAUUUGUGGGGGGGGGGGGUUGUCAGAAACUGGCUGCUAAAUGCAAAUUAAUGAACCGGUUUCAAAAUGUGAUUGAACAGAAUUGUGUAAUUUUUCACUCCCCACAACUUUUGUUCCAAGCUUUUUCCUCGAUCUUGAAUUUUUAGGCAGUUUUUAAUAACUGGUUGCAAAUUAAAGAACUGGUUUCAAAAUCCAAUCAGCGAAAAUGGUUCCAUUUUUCAUGCUCUACAACUUUUGUUUCAAGCUUCUUUCUCUAUCUUCAACUUUUAGGCGAUUGUCAAAAACUGGUUGCUAAAUGCGAACCAAUGAACCGGUUUCAAAAUGUGAUCAGACAGAAUUGUGUAAUUUUCAUGCUCUACAACUUUUGUUUCAAGUCUUCUUCUCUAAUUUAAAUUUGUAGGGGGUUGUCAAAAACUGGUUGUCAAAAACUGGUUGCCAAAUGCGAACCAAUGAACCGGUUUUAAAAUGUGAUUAGACAGAAUUGUGUAAUUUUUCACGCUCUACAACUUUUGUUUCAAGCUUUUGUUCUCGAUCUCCAAAUUUUUAGGUAAUUUUUGAUGACUCGAUGCAAAUUAAUAAACCGGUUUCAAAAUUCGAUCAGCAAAAUUGGUUCCAUUUUUCAUGCUUUACAACUUUUGUUUCAAGAUUUUUUAUCUAUCUCCAACUUUUAGACGAUUGUCAAGAACUGGUUGCUAAAUGCGAACCAAUGAACUGGUUUCAAAAUGUGAUUAGAAUGAAUUGUGUAAUUUUUCACGCUCUACAACUUUUGUUUCAAGCUUUUUUCUCUAUCUAUAAUUUUUGGGUAUUUUUUGUGAACUGGUUGCAAAUUAAUGAACCGGUUUCAAGAAAUUCAUAUCACGUUUUUGUCGCCUUAGUGUGUAGAAUAUUUUGCGCCAAUAAAAACCAGUUUGAAUUUUUUGACCAAACCGGUUUUUCAAUUAGUGGACACCCUGUGCAUGGACCGGAAAUUUUCAAGGUCGCUUUUGAAUGCUCUUAAGAGUAUUUUUCCCUACUCAACGCCGCUUCAUUCAUCUCUCUAGCUCGAUCUUUCUCCUUAGAAAUAAAAACCACCGGACACUACUUUUGUGUCAUAGGUACUGUAUUUUAGCAGCUUUGUUAUAUUCGUUGAUUUUUUUUUCAACCAAUGCAAUUUUUUUCUUAAAUUUUAUAUUAAAUAUUAUAUAAAUAUACAUAUCUACUUUGUAAAUAAAAAAUAUAAUAGUUUUAUGAAUAUUUUGAAUUAGUUACUUAUAGAAUGAUCAGAAAAUAAAUUUUGGACGGCAAUUAGUGAGGUGAGAAAAUCACUCUGAAUUAAGAAAGACUGGUUUUCUGAUCGCAGAGGCAGUAUUAAUAGCAGUAACUUCUGCAGUAUGGAUUGAAUUAGCAGCCAUGAAUUUUAUAAUUAAAAAUUUUAUCAUUUAAAGAGUAGGUAGGCAAUUAGGCACAGGUACCCCUGAAUGAUGUUUUGGUAGGCAUACUUUUAAUCCAUUUGUAAAUCGAGAAUUGAAUUAGUUCAAGAUAGUUGCGUUUUAUUUAUUAACGCAGCGAGUGGCUGUUUUUUGGAUAGGUAAUUAAUCAGCUGUAAAUUGACUACCAUAUGAGGAGGUUUGCGUAGCCAAAAGGGGAAUAGGAUAUUAAUUUUUGAAGUUAUCUAUGAUUCAAUAUGAACUAUGAUCUAUUUCAUUAUUUAUGCAAUUAUCUAUUAGUCAUAAGGCAUAAGGCGAUGAUUAGGAAUUGAUAACAACGUUGAUAAUGAUGAAAAUAAUACAGUUUUUGUCCUAAAAUUAGGUAGGUAUAUAACUACCUACCUAUAAAAAGAAAUAAGAAAUCAAGUUGAAAUGACAUUCGAGUAAUUGAAGUGUUAGUUCUGUGUUGUGGAUUAGGAUAUAGACUACCUGAAAGCGUAACAAUGAUCAUAAAUUUGUUGAUUUUGGUGUUUGGUUUUAUGCUGAUUCACCUGAUGGCGAACCAGAUUAACAAAAAAAUAAUAAUAUGUGGUGUGUUUUCAUAUAAAACAGCCUCCAUAAUAUUGAUAAGUUUUCCUGUGAUGAGUUUUGUUCAAGCCUUUAUCUCAAAAUGCAUCGAAGCAGAGAACUCUUUUGAGGUUCACGCGAAUGAUUUUUUAAUCCUUGGUUUUGUAUGCACUUGUAUAAGUGGGCUGUUCGGAAUUGAACUG